AUUUAUAUGAAGCACUAACGAAUCGCCCCACACAUGUGCGUAUAAGAGACAGACGUGAGGAGAUUUCCAAACCAGUUCGACUUUAUCCGGCGCAAUGGAAACGUUUGUGCUGCUACCAUUUUUCCUACUUAGUCGCGUCCCCUCAGACGCUGACACUUGGCGCCAUGGGCCGGAGUACACCUUCAUGGCGAAUACCAACACGACCAUGCUGCAAGGACGUUCCGAGUCCUAUCAGAUGUACAACACGCUCAAAUGUCGUCCGCAGAAUUCCGACACGCUGCGUUGUCAAUUCGGCGCCGCCAACCUAACGCUAUGCAAAGAGGAGCCUGAGCAUUUUUACGACGAGCACAGUUGGUUCAAUGAGUCCUUUGGCAUCAAAUUCGAUCGCCGGGGGAUUCAGAGCCUGGUGAUCCCCCGAGACACAGACUCGCUGUUGUUCGAUAUUGUGCGAGCGUUCAUCAGUCAGAUGAACUUCGGCGUGGAGCUGCUGCACAAGCCGGACGGUGCGUUCAAUGCCAAGGAGAGCAGCUACCUCGGCCAGUGCGACACUCUCGUGAACAUCUCCCAUGAGGCUCAAGGUAAUGAGGGCUCGGGGGAAGAAGACUACGAGAUCGUAACCGUGGCCGGUCUCCAGAAGAAACGGGGUGAGACGCUGGUGAUCGAGAAGACGAAGAAUCUGGAAAAUUGCGUUGAUAUAAGGCCUUACGUGAUGGCAGCCGACGACAGAGAUAUAAAGAUGCAAAUGGUGUCGUCGCGCAGCCGAACUGAAAUAUCCGACAUGGGCUUCAACUCGUAUACCGAGAAUAUGGUCCAUUUCAUAAGAAGGGGAAUAUCUUUCUCGUUUUGCGAGAAGAUAAACCUGAAUCUUGUCUCUGUACUUCCUGCCAAGGAGGCGCUGCAGCCGCUCUCAGUGACUACAACAAAUGUUAGCCCCUACGUGCAAAGCAAGAAAGAUUGAUUAGCGAGGAAUUUUUUAUGAAAAAGAGUGAGAGAGAAUAGAAAGGGACGAUUAUUGUAUGACAAAAUCAUUAUGCGACAAAAUGUGCUGUAUUUCUUUGUUCCGUCGCGUGCGAGAAAUCUUCUUUCGCGCUCUGGCGUAUUAACGGACGCAAAUAAACGACAUGACAAAC